AUGGUUAAGAAAAUAUUGUUGAUUAAUGGUCCAAAUUUAAAUUUAUUAGGUACCAGAGAACCUGAAAAGUAUGGAACUACUUCAUUAAAAGAUAUUGAACAAGCAGGUAUAAAUCAAGCUGAAGCCAAAGAAGAUGGCUCCGAAUUAUUAGCAUUCCAAAGCAAUACUGAAGGGUUUAUCAUUGAUCGAAUCCAUCAAGCAAGACAAGAAGGUGUAGGAUUCAUAGUUAUAAAUGCUGGUGCUUAUACUCAUACUUCGGUGGGUAUAAGAGAUGCCUUAUUAGGUACUGCAAUUCCUUAUAUCGAAGUUCACAUAACAAACGUUCAUCAAAGAGAACCUUUCAGACAUCAAUCUUAUUUAAGUGAUAAAGCAGUGGCUGUGAUUUGUGGUUUAGGUGUUUAUGGUUAUACCUCAGCUAUAGAAUAUGCUUUAAAUUAUUAA